AUGUCAACCACAGUGAAAAUAGUACCCGUCAAACCAAAUCAAGACUAUGGUUCAACAUCCACACGACAAGAUACAUCGAUACCUAUAAGCGAACCAAAUUCCGAGAAUUCUUUUACACGAGAAGCACAUGUUGAAACCAUUGGCAACUUCUCUUUGAUACGCCGCGUUUUAUUUUCGACCAAAUUAAAUAUCUUGUUGAUAAUAUUGCCUUUCGGGAUUGCAUCUCACUAUCUACGCUUGGAUGACACCAUAAUUUUUAGUUUAAAUUUUCUCGCUAUAAUACCAUUAGCUAAGUUGCUUGAAUUGGCUACCGAAGGUGUUUCGCGUAGGGUCGGCCAGGCGUUUGGUGGCUUACUGAACGCGACUUUUGGAAAUGCAAUAGAACUAAUUGUUUCAAUUAUCGCGUUGAUGCACGGUGAACUCCGAAUUGUCCAGGCUUCGUUACUAGGCUCCAUAAUCUCUAACCUCCUUUUCGUGCUCGGAUUUUGUUUUGUGGUCGGAGGACGUUACCACCACAUCCAGGAAUUCGAACAAACUGUGGCGCAGACUAGUUCGAGCUUAAUGGCAUUAGCGUGUAUUGGGUUGAUUAUUCCAGCUGCAUUUAACGGUGUCAUAAAUCGCGUCGUCGGGAGUUACCGGAGUAUCGCUGAAAUUUUUCCUAACAGCAAUGACGUAUUUACUUCUGAUCAGUUAAAAACACAUGCUGAAUUCUACACAGAUAAAACCGAAAAUGAUCCAUCCGAUGAUAUACCAAUGUCAUUAAAGCAAUCAAUAUUUAUGUUAGCUUUUGUCACACUAUUCGUCACCUUCUCUGCCGAAUACUUGGUAGAUUCGCUUGAAGGGCUCGUUGAAUAUUCGGGGAUAAGUAAAACAUUUGUUGGUUUUAUUUUGUUGCCAAUUGUCGGUAACGCCGCUGAGCACGUAACUGCAGUUUCCGCUGCGAGAAAAAAUAAGAUGGACCUUUCUAUUUCAGUCGCAAUCGGUAGUUCGAUGCAAAUUGCAUUAUUCGUCACACCGUUCCUGGUAUUGUUCGGUUGGGUCAUCGGUCAACCAAUGUCAUUAUACUUUCACACUUUUGAAACAGUAUUACUAUUUAUUAGCGUCUUCAUCACAAGUUAUCUCAUUCAGGAUGGAAAAUCAAAUUGGUUAGAAGGUUCAAUGUUAUUGGCCACAUACGCUAUAAUAUCAGUAGCAUUUUUCCUUUAUCCAGAUGUUGCGGGUCCCUUGAGCGAUGAUGAAUUGCCGCUGCCGCUGCCGUCACUUCAGGCAUCAAUUAUUUCACCUUAG